AUGGCUGGAACCGAUGAUGAGGGUGAAAACCCUCCAGUUAAGAGUUUGAGAGACUAUAUGUAUCUAGUAAGUUUGAGAGACUAUAUGUAUCCAACUAGAGUCUCCCAACCUUCGUGCAUUGUUUUGCCUGCUACUACAACAACUUAUGAGAUUAGGACAAAUACCCUUCAGGCUCUUCCCAACUUUUAUGGUAAGGAGAAUGAAAAUCCUUACUAUCACAUUAGAGACUUUGAAGAACUGUGUGGUACGGUUAAAAUUAAAAAUUUGUCUGAUGAAUACCUUAAACUUAGGUUGUUCCCUUUCUCAUUAAAGGAUAAGGAAAAAUUUUGGUUAGAUGCUUUGGCUCCUUCGUCGGUUAAGACUUGGGAAUACAUGGCAAAACUGUUUUUGAACAAACUUUUCCCUAGGCAUAAGACUUCUGCCAUCCGUCAGAAAAUGGAUAGUUUUGUGCAACAACAGGGAGAAUCUCUCUGUGACUACUUAGAGAGAUUCCAUGAUCUUUUGCUGCAGUAUCCACACCAUGGAUUUGAUACUCCUAGGCUUACGUUGAUUCUUUACGAAGGAUUAGAUCAUAAAACUAUGACCACGGUAGAGUCACUUUGUGCUGGUAAUUUUCAGGAUAAAAGUGCUGAAAAGGGGUAUGCAUUCUUGCAAGAGGUAGCUGAAAAAACCCAAGAAUGGGACGCUAAGGAAACAGUAAGGUCAAUUGCUAAUAGCAAAGGAGCAUACAGAGUUGAUAUUCAAUUUGACUCUGACGCUAAAAUAGCUUCUUUGACAAGAAGGCUUGAAUCGCUAGAACAUAGUUCUAAAGCUAAGCCUUUUGUCGAGUCUUCAGACCAAACCUUUUAUGACGAUGGUGGUGAGCAAGUCAAUGCUCUCUAUCACGAUAAUCGUCGUAAAUAUGACCCUUAUUCCAAUACUUUCAACCCAGGGUGGACAAGACACCCUAACUUUUCAUGGUCUAGAGGUCAGUACGAAGGCUACUCAAAAGUCAAUAACAAACUUAGAGCAGACCACUGCAAGGUCCAAUAG